GAGAAACUUGAUUUAAAUCUGUGCAUCGCCAAAGGCAAGGAGCUGAGAACAUGGAUGGAGAGAAGUUUCAGCAGAAGGCUCUGAAGCAAACUAAGCAGAAGAAAUCCAAGUCGGCUGAAUUUCUGAUGGUUAAAGAAGAUAGAGAAGCUACAGAAGGCUUUGGAAAUCCAGCUUUUAACAUGAGCAACCCAGACCUCUCAGCACAUCAGACUUCAGAAGAGAAAAUUAUUAGACAUGACACGCUGGAUCGCACCCUUGCAGCUCACCAACAAAAAUCCAGGCUGCCAGUCUGCGCGGUGCCAAAAGGAAAUGAAUAUGGCAGAAAUUACUUUGACCCACUGAUGGAUGAGGAAAUAAACCCAAGGCAGUGUGGGAUGGAGGUCAGCAGAGAGGGUGAUGAUAAAGUUUUCUGUAAUCAAUUAAUGAAGUUGUCUGAUGAGAAUGAACAAGAAGAAUCUCAAGGUGGGAGCACCAAGGAGGACAUUUUGGAUUCUGAAGCACUCACAAGUUCCUGUAAGAUUCAAGAGACCCACAAAGAGGCAGAUGAAGCCACCUCUGAUUCCAUCCAGGAGUUUGAAAGACAUGCUCAGAAAGACAUAAUUCUGCUUGGAAGUUCUCCGUUUGAACAGGGAAUCAGAUGUACUUCAGUGCAUUGUUUGGGCAUGCGCCAUCACACUGUAUUUUCAGUGCUCUGUACUUCUAUCGGAUGGGAUAUCGUAGGCCAUAUGUUCAGACCUGGAAUCAUCACUGAGAUCAACCCGUCUUCUGGGUUCUACAUCAUGUGUCCCAGCCCCGAGGCUAGAACUUCUCCACUUGUGCUGUCCCCAUGUGCCCUGCAUGCUAACAGGAAGCUGCUGAGGUUUGGACGUGGUUCCAGCACGGGUCCCAGAUGUUCAGGUGUGGGAGCCCUGGUCCUCUGUGUGGAGGUGGACUUGAAAUUUGAAGAAGGACUCAACCAGUACAUUCCCAUGUCAUGUUUAAAGAUGGACAAAACAUCUAAGAAAAUUCCACCUUUUAUGCAGGUUGAGCAGUCUCAGUCGCCUCAGCUGCUUCAAAUACAGAUCAAAUGCAUCUGAGGCCUCAAGGAUAAGGCUCCUUGAGGCUGUUAUCUCCUCAGAGUGUCCCUGCUCAGCCGACUGGGGGGCUGUGUCUUGCAAUGGUGGCAAACAGAGCAGUUGAGGACCAGAACACACCCAGUUAGGCAUGGUGGCAACUUUUACAACAUGGGGCUAUUUUUCCAUGAAAGCCUUUACAUGGGUCUCCCUCAAAGAAAAGAUGUGAAACCUGGCAUGGCUUUCCUCUUUGAACUGUUUCUCCUUCGUGGGACGUAUGCUUGCCUUGACCAGGCAGUGGGCUGGGCAGCCUUUCCUUUGUGUGAUAACAACUUGUGUCCUGCUCGAGGACAUUAUGAACAGAAACUCAGCAAUUUCAGAAAAAUUGAAGAUUUGAUUUGCUUGGACUGGGACCACUGGCUGUGCAGUCUCUAUUUUCAGGUAAUCAAACUUCCUUGGCAUUUGGAUGAUCUGAAACUGCAUGAAAGUCAUAUUCGGCUUUCCCCUGAGUUUUCUGUGUGUUUAAUGGCUGAAGCAGAGAAAGCAAAAUUAGAUAUGGACAACCCAGCUGGCCUCUCAGGGAAAGAAACCCAGGAAAACAUUUGUAUGUCAAUGGAGCAUGGAGCUGAGUCUGCCUUACCCUCUCCUCAGGGGAGUGUUUCUCAUAAAACUGAUCCCUGCUCUAUGGAUUGUGAUCUCAGUCUCUUAAAAGAAGAUCAUGAAUUACACUCUAAGGGAGAUAACCUGACUGAUCAUUCAGUGAAGGAAAAAUCAACUGUUUGUAGACCUGGAGAACUUGAAGAUUAUUUGCAAGAUACAUCUUACUUGGAAGAACUGGAGAAACACCAAUUUUCAGUCUGCAGCUCUUCAGUUGCUGGUGGUAGUGGAUCUGGAGACCUCUUCAAGCAUCUCCACUUUGUGAAGGUAUCAGUAUUUUCAGAGCUGCAGUUUGCUCAGUGGCAAAGCCAGGGCUUCUGGUACGCCAUCCUGCUGCUGGCUUCCCUCUGCUUCCUGAGGCUCUGCCUGCAUUACCUUGGCCAGUGGCUUUUCCUCCAGGCCAUCUCAGCUCCAGUGACAAAAUUUCAUCUUUACCCCUACAUGGUUGAGCUUUGCUAUCCAACAUCUUCCCUUAGCAUCACAGAAGAGCUGGCUGUGAUUGUGGUCGGGCCUCUAAUGUUGAACACAGUCAUAUUUCUUUUGGUUCUGAUCAGAUGGGGCUGUCAGCUGCUGUUUGCCUCCUGUCCUGAUGUCUUGUCAAAGUUAAUCAUUACCAUGGGACUAUGGACAGUUCUAGACCCAUUGGCGGUGUUUAUAGUGGAUAUUUUCCUGGGGGUAAUGACUACACAUAAUGGGGAGGCUCCUAUAGCCGAUGCAGCGAAGAAGCUCUACUAGGUGUUUGUAAGAACACAGAAAUCACAAAUUCUUGCUGUGAUGAUCACCAUGCUACUUUACAUCUUCCUGUUCAUCAUCUAUUCCUUGAUUUUAUAUAUGUAUUUUAUCAGGCUGCACAAUGCCUCUUGAAUAUUAGAUGCAUUUCAACACAUCCACAGUGAAGAAAUCAAGUUCUUCAUGCCAUAUGAUUUGGAGAUUUCCAAUCAGGAGCUAAGUUACAUAGUGAAAAGAUCGGAGCAGUGGAGAGAAGUCAAUGGUGAAAGAAGGAAGGUGGCAGUGUAUGAUUACAUCAGGAAAAGCCACAGCAUCAAGUCCAGUGUUUCCAGCUGUGACCUCCCACAUCAAAAUGAAACCUCUGUGUCUGCACUUGGUCCAGGAGAUACUACUUUUCAUGUGUCUGUAUACACGGUUUAUCCCAGCGGGUUCCAAGAGCUGUUCCGCCAUUUUCUCAGACUCCCCAGUGGCGCCAUUGUUGAGGUGUUUGGCGAUAUCAGUGCCUUACAGUCUGUCCCCAGGGAAGUGACUGCAACUAUUCAAGAGCACAUAAGUGAAAUGGACACAGUACUCAGGGACUGCUGCACUACAGACUCGAGACACGAAAGGAUCCAGUAA